CUCGCGUGUUCGUGCAAAUGCUAACCAAUCAGAGAUGGAGGCGGGACUGAGCGGCUCUUCUGAUGGUGUGCUCGGCAGCAGGACGUUUCGGUAAAUUAUAUUCAGGUUGCUCCUUUAGCCCCAUAGCAAUGGGUAGGUUCUUAAAUGUUCUUCGCAGCUGGCUGGUAAUGGUGUCAGUGAUUGCCAUGGGCAAUACAAUCCAGAGCUUUCGGGAUCAUAGCUUCCUAUCUGAAAAACUUUACACGGGGACUCCUGAGUUUGUGAAUGGUCUCCAGGCACGAACAUUUGGAAUAUGGACUCUCCUUACAUCAAUAAUACGCUGCGCUUGUGCUGUAGACAUACAAAACAAAACGUUAUAUCACAUCACCCUGUGGACGUUUGUUUUGGCUUUGGGUCAUUUUAUGUCUGAAGCAUUUAUUUACAAAACUGCUCCACUUACAAUUGGUGUUAUGGCUCCACUCAUAGUGGCAGGGUUUUCAAUUAUUGGAAUGCUGUUUGGUUUCCAAUGUAUGGCAGAGCCACAGGAUGCAGUGGUAGCUCGGCAGAAAAAGCGAAACUGAGGAGGUGGAUGAGUGACACCAGCUGAAUGUUUCUGGACUGCUGAAACAAAUGGCUACACGGUGGAGCAUUUUAACAGGACACUGUCAUAUACUAAGUGAUUAGGAGCUUCCUGUACAUUCCUAAUUCAAGUGACACGCACAAACAAAAAUCAAGGUGAUGGUGUUUGCAUUUUAAUUUCUUCCAUGUUCAGGGUAUUUCAUAUUCAUCCUGCUUUUGUACACACCAUAUAAAUGUGAUCCAGAGAACUUUAAUGCCGUCCAGUGCAGUGCCAGGUUCAAGCUGACCAUCUUUUGUGUAUUAAGGUUGAAGUCUGGCUGCUUCCUUCUGCAUGUUAGCAGAGUUCAAUGGGCACUGACUAAAAUGGGCAUAAAUCAAAGCUUGGGUCUGAAGAACGUAAUUCAAUGUAAAAAAAAUUGUCAAAAUACAAGUAAAUUAUUAAUUUGAAAAUGUACUGGUAAAACCAGUUUCCCAGGUUACUGA